AUGUGGCACAUGUUUGAUGGCACGUUGGACGGCAACUUUGAUGCCCACGUGGUUCAGCUUGGCAUGUCGCCGCGAUCUUUCACUGCCGGCCCAUCGGCGGCAAUCGUCCGAAGAAACGAACCCGAGCACUCCGAAUUUCAUUCUGGUAGUGAGAAAAAGCGGCCUGCUAACUUCAAUGCCGUCCUAAGAUGCGAGCUGUGCAAGCAAAGAAAGGUGAAAUGCGAUAGGGGACAGCCUUCCUGUGGUUGGUGUAAGCGGAACUCGGUGCUCUGCGAGUAUCGUGAACGGAAAAAGCCUGGUCUGAGAGCCGGUUAUGGCCGGGAGCUGGAACAACGUCUCGACAAACUCGAGGAGAUUAUCCGCUCUCACUCGGAGAUUCUCCAGACCUCCUUUUUGAACAACGUCCCACACAACUCCCAGAGCGCUCCGAGCAUGCGUAACAGUGGCCCGAGUCUUCCCAGCGACCACGGUACUUCACCACGAGACCAUGCGCCCCUCUUCCGGCAGAACGACCCCAUGCGCACUCCCCAGGCUGAGACAGCCUUAUUCCUGCAGAAGCCCUCUUAUCCUGCGGUUUCACAGGGGAUGGAGUUCGGCUUACCGCCUCCGACGCCAUCUAUCCAUGACGGCUUCCAGUCUCAGAUGCCCAUGACCGGCAUCUCCCCUCCCAAUGGGCUCCCGAGCUUGCAACAAACCUCGGCAGCUCAGGAGUUCUAUGGAAAUGGACAGGCCCUUCCCUCGCCUGGUCUUCACGUCGCCCAGAGCCAGACGCAGAUUUCCACGGAUCAACAUCUUCCUCCGUACGAUCUGCUGUAUGCUUUGGCUGAUCUGUACUUCAAGCACAUCAACACUUGGUGUCCCAUUCUCCAUCGGAAGACGACGCUGGAUUCUUUAUUUGGACCGUCAACCCUGGACGAUACAGACAGGAUUCUGCUGCAUGCCAUAGUUGCCACGACUCUUAGAUAUUCCACCGAUGCCAGGCUGACCGAGGAGAAGCGAAGCCACUACCAUGAUGUCUCAAAACAGAAGGUCUUGCUCUACGGAAUGCAAAACUCAUCCGUCAAGGCUCUUCAAGCUCUUGUCAUCCUCGCUCUAGACUUAGUUGGAAGCAGUAACGGCCCUCCAGGGUGGAAUAUCAUGGCUCUAAUCACCCGCUCCGUCGUACAGUUAGGCUUGGCUGUGGAGAGCACCUCCUUUUCGGUAUCGCCAAAUUACGCAUCCAUUUACACAUUAAGGGCCAUGACGUUACCGGAACCCAGGGACUUCAUCGAGGAUGAGUCGCGGCGCAGGCUGUUCUGGAUGGUCUAUUUGUUGGACAGGUACGCUACCAUUGCCACGGCAUUCGAGUUCGCACUCGACGACAAAGAGAUUGAUCGGACUCUACCCUGCCGCGAUGAUCUGUGGAUCAAGAAUCAGAAGGUAGAAACAAGAUGGUUCCAGACUCAAGAUCACCCGUCGGAUCUACCAGACCAUGACCUGAAUAAGCCCGAGAACCUGGGUGCCUUCUCCUAUUACAUCGAGAUCCUAGGCAUUCUGUCAAAGGUGCAUAAGUUCUUGAAGCAACCUGUGGACAUUAGCGCUCUGGGAGACGUGGAAAAAUGGCAGAUGAGGUACAAGGAACUCGACAACCUGCUUACCUCAUGGAAGUUUGGCCUGCCGGGCGAGUACGGCAACAUGGCUAGGCUGUUCCAGCCGGGAUCUAGCAAAACAUUAAACGCUGGAUGGGUGAUGCUACACGCAACCUACCACACAGCAGUCAUUCGGCUGCACUCUUCAGCAGCCUACCCGACCACGCGGUCCCCUAUAUUUACUCCCUCUUACAGCGCGAGCCAACGCUGCCAUGGCGCAGUAGAGAAUAUAGCGGCCUUAGGCGAGUUCGUAGUUCAGAAUGGACUGCUGACCAAGCUCGGACCUCCUUUUGCAUUCACCUUGUGGGUAGCUGCCCGGCUCUUACUGGUCCACGGCUCAACAGUCGAGCACAAGCUAGCUCCCCAAAUCGCCUUCUUCGUCGACACGCUUCGGGAAAUGGGAAGAUAUUGGCCCGUCGCGGCACGGUACUCCGAGCUCCUUCAACGCGUCCUCGACGAACACAGCGACAGCGAACGCAGUAUGGGCACGACAGGCGAACGCGUCACGCCAUCAUCGGUCCGGAUCCUCGCUGACAUGCGCAGGACGGCCUUCGAUCUCGACUUUCUCAUCAGCCGCCAGCCACGUCACCACACGGGAGACCCGAGUCGCAUACCUAGCGUGACGCCCGCGCGAACCCCGGCGCCGAAUGAGCUUGAGUACUUGGAUGUGUUUGAUUUUUUCAAUGUUCCAAGACUUCCGUUUAAUAAUGAGGUUCAAGCUCAAGCUGCUGCUCAUCAUCAGAACGAGCAGCAGAACGGAAAUGGGAACGGAAAUGGGAAUAUGGAUGCGAUGCACGCGGAUCCGCCUCCGGCAACGCCUGGCCAUUCUGGGGCGAAUGAAUAUAAUAUCACGAAUUUCAUGGUGGAUGCGAGUAGUGAUUGGCUGUUCAAACAGUCGAGGCAGGGGUAG